GCCCGGCCGCCCGGGCCUCCCUCCCGGCUCGGCCGGCUGCGGGGCCCCGCGGCGCAGGCUGAAGCGCCCCGACACCGCCGCCCCUCCGCGAAGCCCCGCACCCCGCGGCCCCGCAGCCCCCCUCGGGCACGGUGCCCGCGCCCCCAACCCUCACCCUGCCGCUCCCUGUCAGCCCGGCGCCCCCCGCGCCCCGGCCCAGGGCCGCCAGCCGAACCGGCCACACCCGCUACAGAGGACGCGGAAAGACCAUGCCGUCCAUCAGCAGUGACCGAGCGGCGCUGUGCGCCGGCUGCGGGGGCAAGAUCUCCGACCGCUACUAUCUGCUGGCGGUGGACAAGCAGUGGCACAUGCGCUGUCUCAAGUGCUGUGAGUGCAAGCUCAACCUGGAGUCGGAGCUGACCUGCUUCAGCAAGGACGGCAGCAUCUACUGCAAGGAAGACUACUACAGGCGGUUCUCUGUGCAGCGCUGCGCCCGCUGCCACCUGGGCAUCUCCGCCUCCGAGAUGGUGAUGCGCGCCCGGGACUUGGUGUAUCACCUCAACUGCUUCACGUGCACCACGUGUAACAAGAUGCUGACCACGGGAGACCACUUCGGUAUGAAGGACAGCCUGGUCUACUGCCGAUUGCACUUCGAGGCGCUGCUGCAGGGCGAAUACCCCGCGCACUUCAACCACGCCGACGUGGCGGCCGCCGCCGCCGCCGCCGCCGCGGCCAAGAGCGCGGGGCUGGGAGCCGCUGGGGCCAAUCCGCUGGGCCUUCCCUAUUACAACGGCGUGGGCACGGUGCAGAAGGGGCGGCCGAGGAAACGCAAGAGCCCGGGCCCGGGGGCCGAUUUGGCAGCCUACAACGCCGCGCUGAGCUGCAAUGAGAACGAGGCGGAGCACCUGGACCGGGACCAGCCCUACCCAAGCAGCCAGAAGACCAAGCGCAUGCGCACCUCCUUCAAGCACCACCAGCUUCGGACCAUGAAGUCUUACUUUGCCAUUAACCACAACCCCGACGCCAAGGACUUGAAGCAGCUCGCGCAGAAGACGGGCCUCACCAAGCGGGUCCUCCAGGUUUGGUUCCAGAACGCCCGGGCCAAAUUCAGGCGCAACCUCUUACGGCAGGAAAACACGGGCGUGGACAAAUCCACGGAGGCAGCGCUGCAGUCGGGGACGCCGUCGGGUCCCGCCUCGGAGCUCUCCAACGCCUCGCUCAGCCCCUCCAGCACGCCCACCACCCUCACAGACUUGACUAGCCCCACUCUGCCAACUGUGACGUCUGUCUUAACUUCCGUGCCUGGCAACCUGGAGGCCCACGAGCCCCACAGCCCCUCCCAAACGACUCUGACCAACCUUUUCUAAUGACUCGCAACCGCCUAUCCCCCCCGACCCCCCCGGCCCUGCCCUCCGCCCCAAUUUCUUUAAAAAAGAAAUUAUCUUUAGUUGAAUUCCAAGUGUAUUUUAAAAAUAGAGGCUUUGAGCAACUAACUAACCACAUUUAGGAUCUCGCCUGGAAACAGGAAGGAAAGAAUCGUGUAUCCGGUUUGCCCAGUGGCGCCGCCCAAGGAGUUACUUGGAAGAUCUUUGGCAACACAACAUUUGUGUCCCUGUACAGUUUUGUGGACUGAGCGAGGAAAAACAACAACAACAGCAACAACAACAAGCAUUUAAGUUGGCUGGAGCUUCUGUAUUUUCAAAGACUGCCACGUGCCUUAGGAAUACUGUUCUGUCUCCAUACUUUGGAUGACUUGUUCAUUUUUUUCUCUCCCUCUUUUUCUCUCUGUAUAUUUAUGACCAGAGCAAAAAUGUAAAAAAAAGAAAAAGAAAAAAAAAAGAAAAAAAAAGUUUGUUACUUUGAAUAGUCCUAAAAAGAAAAAAGAAAAAAAAAAUCAACCCCCUCCAACGGUCGCUUUGUUGUUUUAGAAUUUUAAGGUGGAAGUCUGUUCGAAUAUCAGAAUUUGUAAAAUCUAACCAGUAAUAAAACCACUUAUUGA